AAAGAAAUGCACUGCUCUACUUCACUCCUCACUUCCCACCUCCCAAUCCCACGACCCUCCACCACCACACGACGCCGUUUUAGGCCAACGAUGUCUCUCAACAACCAAACCCCAUCAGACGUCCCUUCCUCCAUCCUCUCCUCAAUCACGAAGCUCCUGUGGGGCCCAUCCCUCCCUCCGGAUUUCCUCAUCUCCACCGUCCGCACCGCCUGGCACUCCACGUGGCGCCUCAUGAUGUCCCAGCUCGCCCCCUCCGACCCCUCCGGCGGUUACUCCCGGCCCGCCUCCAGAUUCCGGGCCAACAAACUCCCCCACGGCCCAAGCCCAACCUCUCACAAUCCUCAUCUUCACCUCUACGUGGGCCUCCCCUGCCCCUGGGCCCACCGCACCCUCGUCGUCCGGGCCCUUAAGGGCCUCGAAGACGCCGUUCCCGUCUCCGUCGCCGCCCCGGGCACUGACGGCUCGUGGGAAUUCAAGUUCAACAACGAUGUUCGGGCUGCGGAUAAGGAUAUCCUUGUCCCGGGUCCGGAUAACGCUAAUAAGCGUAGAACUUUGAAGGAAGUUUAUGGACUGAGGAAAGGAGGGUAUAAUGGACGUUCCACGGUGCCAAUGCUUUGGGAUACCGAGAAAAACGAUGUCGUUUGCAACGAGAGUUAUGAUAUCAUUCAACUAUUCAAUUCGGGUCUAAACGGGUUGGCCCAAAACCCGAAAUUGGAUCUCUCACCGCCAGCUUUGAAGGAAGAGAUUGAGAAGUGGAAUAAUAUAAUUUACCGGAAUGUAAACAACGGAGUUUACAGGUGCGGAUUUGCUCAGAGCCAAGAGGCGUACGACAAAGCGGUGAAUGAGUUGUUUGAUACGCUGGACAUGUUGGAUGUUCACUUUGGGAGUACGAGGUAUUUGUGUGGAGAUAAACUCACCUUGGCCGAUGUUUGCCUGUUCACUACUUUGAUUCGGUUCGAUCUUGUGUACAAUGGCUUGUUCAAGUGCACAAAAAAGAAGUUGAUUGAGUACCCAAAUCUCCAUGCCUAUAUGCGUGACAUUUACCAGAUUCCAAAGGUUGCAGAAACUUGUAAUUUUCUGGCGAUCAUGGAUGGAUACUACAAAAUACUUUUUCCACUGAAUCCAGGCAGCAUUAGACCUAUCAUGCCUUCGGGGUGUGAGCAUGAAGUCCUCUGCAGACCUCACAACAGGGAUUUGCUGUCGUUGACAGAUAAAACUGCUGAGAUAUUUGUGUCGUAGAUACAUCU